AUGGGAAUACCUGGCUUGCUGCCUCAUUUAAAAACAAUUCAAAAGCAGGUGAACCUGAAAAAAUAUAUGCAUCAAACAUUAGCUGUUGAUGGCUAUGCUUGGCUACAUAGAGCGUCUUGCGCGUGUGCCUUCGACCUAGUAAUGAACAGGCCAACAAACAAAUACUUGCAAUUUUUCAUUAAAAAGAUACAGCAGUUAAAACGGCUUAACAUCGAACCAUAUAUAGUUUUCGAUGGCGAUUCACUUUUGGUGAAGAGCCACACAGAAGCUCGAAGGAAAAGGAAAAGGUUAGAAAACGAAGUCAUUGCAAAGAAAUUGUGGUCUGCGGGUGACAAAUUUAAUGCAAUGGAAUACUUCCAAAAAAGUGUUGAUGUCACACCUGAGAUGGCCAAAUGCAUUAUAGACUAUUGCCAGACACAUUCGAUUCCAUAUGUCGUGGCACCAUUCGAAGCAGAUCCGCAGAUGGUUUACUUGGAAAAAAUGGGUCUUAUACAGGGUAUUAUAUCAGAGGAUUCGGAUUUGUUAGUAUUUGGCUGUAAAACCCUUAUAACGAAGUUAAAUGACCAUGGAGAAGCUUUAGAAAUUUCAAGAAACAACUUUUCAGCCUUACCUGAGAACUUUCCUCUAGGGAAGCUAAGUGAGCAACAAUUUCGUAAUUUGGUUUGCCUAGCGGGCUGUGAUUACACAAGUGGCAUUUGGAAGGUAGGUCUAACCACUGCCAUGAAAAUUGUAAAACAGUAUUCCGCAAUGGCAGAUAUACUAACACAAAUAGAGCGGACAGAAAAGUUUCGGCUCAGUAAAACCUUUAAACAAGAAGUAGAAUUCGCAAAUUAUACAUUUCUAUAUCAAAGGGUGUUUUGCCCUUCGUCAAAUAAGAUAACAACGUUGAACUGUAUUCCUCAGUCACUCAUAAACUCCCAGGCUGAAAGAAUAAAAAUUAUGGAGUGCAUUGGUUCUGUUGUUGAAAAAGGAUCGGGCGUACGAAAAGAUAUUAUUGACGUUAAAGAUAUUGAUCACAAAAUUCACGAAAGAAUAGCAAAGGGUGAAUUGGACCCAAUUGACAUAACUUCCGAACUUCUUAAUAGGGAAAAGAAAUUAAGAGCAAGAAGGCCGUUCAAAGCAAGUUUACCUGUAGAUGCAUCAAAUUCACUCUAUAUUGAACACAGGCCUCCUCCUGUGGAAGGCGAACGUAUAAUGUGCAAGAGAGAAAGUUCAUUCAAGAAUAAAAGUGCUUCUUCCAUUUAUUUGAGCCCAUCGACGAAAAUUCCUCACACUGUGCCUUGGACGGCUUAA